GACGAACCGCCUCAACCCCUCCCCCCACAUACACACACACACACACAAACACACACAGUGACAUCUAGACCUCGAACGGAAGGGGUGUAUGUCUUUCAGUCUCGGCCGGCAACAUGUCAAAUAUUCCGGGAGCAGCGCAACUCUUUGAUGAACUUGACAAGAAGUUGAUGGUGUACCUGCGAGAUGGAAGGACUCUCAUUGGGUACCUGCGCAGUGUUGACCAGUUUGCCAACCUGGUUCUGCACCGCACCAUUGAAAGGAUCCACGUCGGGAAUCGGUACGGCGACAUAGAGCGUGGCGUCUUUGUCAUCCGUGGGGAGAACGUGGUGCUGCUCGGAGAGAUUGACGAGACAAAAGAGGAGAAUGAUAGAUUAGAAAAUGUGAGCAUAGAAGAAAUCUUGGAGGCACAGCGAGUGGAGCAGGAGCGGCGGCAGGAGCAGGAGCAACUGCGGGCACGGUUCAUGAAGGAGCGAGGACUGCAGUACACAGCCGAGAUUGGACCAGACGACAUGUACUAGGGGAGUGCCUUAAAAAGAUCCAUGGUAGACUCGUGGUGACCUGUACCUGAGCUGUGGCUUGUUCCUCCUGCUGUUGGUGUUGAGUUUGCUGCUGCAGCUCCCCAGACAGAGGGAAAUCCCCCUCCUGGAAGACCCCUGCCAUGCCUGUCAGCUCUGAGACAUCAGCCUCGGACAGUGUGGCAGUGGACUGCUGGCCGUACAGGCUGGUGGUGAGCAGUGCCUGUUGGUUGUCACCUUGCAGGUUUGAGCCAGCAGCCCUCACUGCCUCCAUGGCUAGCUCAUGCCGGUGAGUUUUCAUGUGCUUCUUGCAAUUAGUGUUGGUUUUGAAGGUUUUCUGGCAGUAUGGACACAUAUAUGGGCGUUCCUGUGAGAGAAAUAACAAAUGAGCUACUGAAGUAAACUUACAUGCAAAAGAAAAAUCACAAAUCCACUUAGACCAUAAUGAUUGUUAUGUCGAGUCUGGCACAAAACUCUCACCGAGGAGUGGAUUGUCUUGUGUCUCCUCAGACUCCCACUGGUGGCAAACAAGCGGCUGCAUUGUUCACAUUUGUGGGUGCGCUGGCCUGUGUGUGUCUUGUGGUGAGACUUGAGCACACUCAGUGAGAGAAACUGUCUGUGGGGAAGUUUUUAAAAUUAGGAUCUCAGGCUACAUAAGUCAUCUACAGAAUGGAAAAUACACAGACAAGGAAGGCAAUUAAUUAUCUGCAUGAUAAAGGAUAGGAGUUGGUAACCCAAUAGAGAGUAGUUUUGGAAUGUCAGGAAGAGGUUAUCUAAGUGCACCUGAAUGUAUCACAUAGGUACUGAGAGAAUCAAAUAAUAGAUGAGCUACUGUGGCAACCUCUAAUGAGGGGAGCUGAGAGAAUCAGCAAUCUGAUUAAACAGAAUUUGUAAAGAAUGAAUGUUGUCCUAAGUUCAUUAAUGUUAUCAUAGACUCCAGCUGAUGAAUCUGCAAAGUUGGAGUAAGAAAAGAUGGCUGAAGGGGCCGGCCAUUACUUGCUGCAGCUGUUACACUUAUAGGGCCGCUCCCCCGUGUGUGCCCGCUCGUGCUGUUUGAGGUGAGAUGACUUCUUGAAGGCAGCUGGGCAGUAGUGGCACUUGUGGGGGCGGUCCGGAGGAAACUCUCCUGUCUCAUUAGGGUAGAUCUGACUGUGGCGGGAUGGUUGCUUCACCGGACCUGUGCCAGAGACAUGACUCAAUCAGUACUGCUUGUCAUAAACUGAUAUAAACUUUUCAAUACUGUGAAUAUUUUGAUAAAUACAUUUUACAGUCUGAGUCUCCAGAACAAAGACACAUUUCAAUCACCAGCUGUUGUAAUGAGGAUGGGUUCCUGGAGAGGGAUGUUGGGCAGUGCCAUGUACUUCUUGCUGUGUGCCUGACGCAGCGGGGAGUGGGCAUGAGACAUCAUGUGAGCGUUGCGGUGAGAGAUGGUGCGGAAGACUUUGUGGCACUGGGAGCAGGGGUACGGCUUCUGGCCCGUGUGUAGCCUGCCAGGAGGAAUGGACACUGUGUAGCUUAAUGGAACAAAGAAGAAAAAUGUUAAGGUAUAAUACAAGUGAUACUAGAUGUAAGGAAGACAACCGAGUGUUCCUAUACAAGGUUCAUCAACACUCACUUGCCAUUGUCAUGCAAUGUCAUACAAUCUGAAAUAAAAAUAUUUAAAAUAUUUAAAAA